AUGUCAUUCAGAGGCGGUCGUAAGAUUAUGGUUUCAGGUGGUGGUAGCGGUGGUGGUGGUAACACCUUGGACUCUCGUUUCACCAAGAUCAAGGAAACUGGCCGUGUAGCAGUCACCUCUCCAGGAUUCAAGAAGAGACUCAGUACUGGAAGCAGUGGAAACAUCGUCAUCUCCAAGGAUGCCUCACCAAUGAAGCGUCGUGGUGGAGGCAGUGGAGCCGUCGUUAGUCGUGGUGGAGGCCGUGGUGGUGCCCGUGGAGGCAGCGUUGGUCGUGGUGGAGGCCGUGGUGGUUUCGGUGCUGGUGGCCGUGGACGUGGUGGCAGAGGAGGUCGUGGUGGUAGAGGUGGUCGUGGUGGUAGAAGAGAAAAGACCCCAUCAAAGGAAGACUUGGAUGCUGAAUUGGAUGAAAUUGCCAAGGAUAACCAAAUGAAGGACGAUUAA